CCCGGCUACUCAGAGAGAAACCACCUAAACUCCCUGCCUGUCCACAGCCACGGCGGGUGUCUUGGACAUCUGACCCAGACCCCCCCCGACCUUCCUCUGCGCUCUGGACUGCCUGGCCACCGUCCUGUUCUCACCUCCAUCUGCACUCCCUGCCUGGAACAGCCAGGCUUUUAGCAGCUGGGGUAGGAUACCUCCCAACCUUUGGGCAACAGGGGAGAGAGGGUGGGAAGGAUAGCAAAUGGGGGCCAGGCAGUCAAGUGCCUGUUCCAAGGACAAGGACCCCAGGGGCAUGGCACUCCUGCGGGGGAGGCAGAAGUUCUCCCCGUGGGAUGAUGCUCUGCUCUCGGGAAAGGACCCCCGGUCCCUGCUGAAACGGGGCAUGUGCCACAUCAGCUUCAGCCUGGUCACCAAGGGAAUGACGGACAUCCCUGACUUUCUUUGGGGCUUGUCCGAGGUCCAGAAACUCAAUCUGUCUCACAACCAGCUCAGAGUUCUGCCCCCUGAGGUAGGGAGGCUGACCAGGCUGGUGGUCCUGAACUUGUGUGGGAACUGCCUGAAGAGUCUGCCCCAAGAAAUCAGCCUCCUCAAGGGCCUGAAAGUGCUGUUCAUCAACAUGAACUGUCUGGCUGAGGUGCCGGCCGAGCUGAGUGCCUGUGGGAACCUGGAAGUCCUGAGUUUGUCACACAACCGCCUCUCUCAGCUGCCCGCCAGCUUCGCAGACCUCUCCAGACUACGGAAGCUGAACCUCAGCAACAACUGUUUUGCUCACAUCCCCAUCUGUGUGUUUGCACUAAAAGAGCUGGAUUUCUUGCAUGUGGGCUCCAAUCGCCUGGAAAACAUCGCUGAGAGCAUCCAGUGUCUGAGCAGCCUGCAGAUCUUCAUUGCCGAGAACAACAACAUCCACUCCUUUCCACGGUCGCUCUGCCUCCUCACCAGCCUGGAGCUGCUGAACCUGAACAACAAUGAUAUCCAGACCCUCCCAGAUGAACUCUACCUGCUGUGUAGACUGGUGAGGAUUGCUUGGAAUCCCAUGGACAAAGGGCUCCAUAUUUCCUAUAACCCUUUAUCCAAGCCUCUGCCUGAGCUGGUGGAGGGGGGCCUGGAGAUGCUUGUUAGCUACUUGAAGGACAAAAAACACAACUGACGGGGCCACUGGAGGCAGGAACAGCAGCCAAUUCAACAAGACUGUCAACUGGGUACUUCUCUAGUAUAUGCUUUCUCCUCUUACUGUCUGUGUUGGUCAAGGCUCUUGUUAAUAUUUGCAAAGUUAUCGUUGAAUGCCAUUCUAAGCAAAUAUUUGCUUUUAACUCUUUAUGUUCCUAAUAACCCCCAGAAUAUCAUGUUGAUCUCAUUUUAAGCAUAAAUUGGUUUUAUCCAAAGAGAAAUAAUUGCUCUAAUUUUCCUGAGGAGCAGUGGGAUUCAAUUCUUAGAAUAAUGGUCAGCAGAUCUGAUUCAAUGGAAUUCAGAAGUUAAAUAUUUACUAAGCAUGUGCCAAGUAUGGUCAGAGGCAUUGGCAACAUCUGGUUUCAACCUUUGAAUUUGCAACCUAUAAUAACGUAGCAACAGCAAGACGUGCUCCUGCAUCAGCCUCGAGCAAGCAUUACUUGGGACCAAAGAGCAAACUGGAGCCGUGCUCUCCUGGUGAUGACCAAAUCAGGCAGAGCUUUUCCCUUGAGUUCUGGGGGACAGUCAGAGGAAAUUUGUCUCUAAAAUGACUGUAGAGUAACAAGCAAACUGCUCAUGUUUAUGUGUGGUGGUGAGUGACUGGGACAGCAUGAU